ACCAACGGCCGCCGGCGCGCGACAGCACCGGAAGUGCGGCGAUCUCCGGUCCCGGGGAGGAGGCGGUGGCGGGUGAGCGGUGUUCCAUUGUGGCCGUUAGUCCGGGCCCGCGUUGUUGGCGACCGGGCCCGUUUACUUUGUCGUUGGGGCGGUUGAGGAGAGACGGGUCUUCUCCUGACGUCUCGUCUGUGAAGGCGGCGGGAGCGGGAAGUCAGAAGAAGUGUUUGUUUCUCACAGGCCAAAAUGAAUACUUCCACACCAGUCACCCGCGUGAGCCCUGCAGGCCCCAUUUUUGUUUCUCCUUCUACAAAGCGGCAGGGUAUUCCAAGCUUGAAGACCACAGUAAAUAUGGAAGUCUCAGCGAAUGAUGACGAACGUGAAAGGAGGGAGAGAAGGCGCUCAAAGGUGACCGACUUGCAACUGAGUGGCAUAGACACUCCACUGGCAUCCCCAAUGCAAAGGGGGACUCCUCAAUCCUUUGAAGCCAGGUUAUCAAAUAAUCAAAUAUCUGAACAUUACUCUACCUGCAUCAAACUGUGUUCAGAAAAUAAAAUUACUACCAAGAACGCCUUUGGUCUACACCUGAUUGAUUACAUGGCUGACCUCCUCAAAGAAAAGGAAUCUGAACUUACUAGUUUCAAGAUGGCAGCUGGUACGUUGGAUGCUAGUACUAAGAUCUAUGCGGUGCGUGUGGAUGCUGUUCAUACAGAUGUAUUCAAGAUCCUGGGCGGUCUAGGGAAGAAUCCUGAAGAGCCAGGUGCAGAGAUAAAUCCUGGAUCUAAUGAAGCUGAUAAUGCAAAAGGCUCUCAGAAACAUAAAAAAAAGCAUUCGUACAAAACUAUUGAACAGAAUUUGAACAACAUCACAUACAGCAUGAGUGACAUGAAGUGUGAGACUGACUCAAUGUUCCAGAAAGUUGCCUCGUUUGAUGAAUGCAGCACAGUAGGGGUUUUCCUGGUCAAUCUCCAGACGUAUGGACACUCUGCUCAGUUGCUGUUUGAUUCAGAUGUCAAGCUCAUUGAAACUGGUUCUUCACCAGAAUUGCCACCCAUCAGUCAUGUGGAAAUAACUGACCUGCAAGCCCUUCACUCUCUUGAAAACAAGACAAUUUGUCCUUCAUUUGAAGAUUUUCAGUUCACAAAUUGGGACAGUGAAGCACACAAUCAGGCUGUUACUUCCAUAUUGGAGAAAUUCAAGAAGAGUGACCGCUUAUUUGACGUGAAUGCAGAGCCAGAAUUUGCAGAUGAUCAGCAAAAUGUCUGUGACACUCUGACGGAUGACUUUGAUGGGGAUGUUUGUGACGAUGGUGAAGAUUUUAUUGGGCAAGGUUUCCAUGAUCAGAAAGAAGCCUAUACGGUGAAUCGUGAUCCAGGGAGUAAAGAGGUUAUACCGCUGACAGAUGUGGAUUUCAGCAGCCUAUGUGUCCAGCUUUCAAACCAGCCUGGGGAAUAUUCCUAUUUUAGUCCAAGAAUAAUGAGAAUGUGGGCAGGGCCUAAUCACUGGCACUUUAAAGCCCGACACAAAUGUGACACAAUCCCAGAUAAAAACAGGAAAAAGGCACCAAAGAAAACAUUUGAACUUGACUUCGAAGACAACAUUAAUUUUGAGACUCAUUUCAGAGAGACCAGGGCUGCCACAACAAUCUCAAAAGCUACAUUAGACCGGCGUAACGGAAAGCUGACAACGCUGCCAACAGAUUUCCAUUAUGAUCCAGACAACCUAACCUGUUUGUUCCUUAAACCCUCUAUCAAGAUAAAGCGAAUUGUGAAAGAAAACAUCUCAAACCAAGAUGAAAAAAUUGAGGGAUAUGAUUAUAACAACCUCAAUGAUACUUCAAAUUUCUGCCCUAGAGCUCAGAUGGAUAGCGAUGAUGAGCAUGAAGGAUUUGUUGGCUCAAAUGAUUCCGCUGAGUUUACAGAUAAUGUUGUAAUGCAGCAGGAAGGGAAUAUGCUGGAGCAAGAUGGAAAAUGGUCAAAUAUCACAACAUAUGGAGGCGAAAACCUAGUAGCAGAACCACAGAGAGUCAACAAAAUUCUGUUGAAUUAUUCAAAAACAGCAAAAAGGAUGGAUGUGAAAAGAUUGAAGCAAAACAUGUGGGAACUCCUGACUGGAAAUUCGGCUGUCUCAGAUGGACAGGAUAAGGCAAUUGAAGAGCCAAACGACAAUGCAAUGACAGUGAAAGGACAGCAAAGCUUAGCAGCUAUUACCAAGGAUCUGUUUGAAAGGUUGCCAAGAACACUAGCAAAGAACUUGUCUAUUCCCAUGGUAUUUGCCUGUCUGUUGCACUUGGCCAAUGAAAAGAAUCUUGAAAUCGAAGGCAAAGAGGAUUUGUCAGAUGUUUUUAUCAAACAAGGAAACUGAAGUAAUAUUACUUGUACAUAUCUGAACUUUUGAGGAAAUUGUACAUAUUGUAAAUGUUUUCUCGUGAUACCGAGCCUUGUCAUGCUAUAACUUUACCUCAUUUUCAUACGGUAAAUCUUGUGUCGUGGAUCCUUUUUUAGAUAUUCGUUCACAUCUUUGACCACUUCUUCAGAAGUGAGGUGUUUAGAAAAGCAAUUGAGAAAUACCUUUCUAGAAAUGAUUUAUUUGUACUUGUUAGCUAUCUUUUGUCAUUUCAAGACAUUUUAAUCCUUGCUCAACAUCCAGUGUAGUAUAUCACAAAUCCACAAAAAUUAUGUUCCUUGCCUACCAAUAAUUUAAAAGGAUAAAAUGAGGUUGACAUUAGGACGACCAAGACCACCAAAACAUAACUUAAUCAUUUUGUACUGUUUAUGCAGCCAUAGUGUGUGCAGAUUAACUUCAUUUUAUAUAUAAUGGUGACCAUGCUACAAAUAAAAUAUUUUAUCAAUAGUAAA